AUGCCUUUGGUCAAGUCCCUGCUGGCCUCCCUAUGGCUUAUCGGCCACUGCUUCGCUGCUUCGUCAGAUGAACAGGGCCUCGAGUUUGUAGAUAUUGCGGCCUUCUGUAACUUUCACUGCUCACCAACACAACUUUCUGAAACGACACAGUGCAAACCAGACCUCUGCGACCGCCAUCGUCGUACUUUAAAAUCGUCUGAAGUCGGCGAUAACCCACAAGAAAUCGACGUGUUGUCGUGUAGAGAUGUGAAGCAAAACGCAUCAACACUGGCAAUGUCGCUGACUCUAUCGGCUUCCGACAGUACACAGGUGUUUAAAGGCUUUCACGACGCUUUUUUUCAGGCGUUUGACGCCAUGUUGGGCGGGGACAGUGUCAGGGCCGACGCUUGUCAACUGGCUUUUCUGCAAGAUAAAUUACUGCCAAUUGUCGAGGAUGAUGGUUUAUCGAACGAGGAAGAGGAGGCUGUGCUCAAACCCAGGUUGGUAAAAUUAAGCACAGGAUACGGAGAAGACCACGACAGAGCGUGCAUUAUGUCGAUAAGUAAAAUCUUUGAGCAAACGACAAAGAUUACUAUACCGUUGUUGACAAGGAGAGGGGAUCUUCUUGGAGAAAACACGGUAUUGCUAAUCCAUACUAAAGAGUUAGUUGCAGACCAAUUACGAGCUAUGGAUUGUGUCGAUACAGUCCUAGAUCUACCAGUGAUUUUGAAACUCAUGCCAUUCGCACGCAGUGCUGCCCAGCUUAGUGUUCGGUUGGGACAAGGAAUUGCGGGGAACGAAACGUUAGUUGCAGCCCCUGCCAUGGAGAUUAGACUUGUGGAAGGGGCAGACCAACAAAUUGUAAUGGCUUCCUUUCAAAAGCGCGCCAGCCAUGUUUUUGGCAUCCUUAAUGUGUUCGAAUUGAACGAUUUACAGCCAAGAUCGAUUUUUACAAAGCCUCUGCAGGACCUGAGGACCUGGACAAAUAUUGUGGCGCUCGUUGUUGCUGACAACUCGGUCGAGUGGAUGGACAAAAGGCAUGAGAUCACUCAAAAUUUGCUACGAGGUAAAAAAUCGGAACGGUGGACGAGGAUGCAAAGCCAUCGACGGCUUGAUGAUUAUGCUCCAAGUCUUGUUGGUGUUGAUUCAGCUAGAGACGCGGGAAUUCGUGGGAAUGACGUGGUUGUCGGUAUCACCGACACGGGACUGUACUUGUAUCAUGACCAGCUUGAUCAAAAUGAUCGCGAUAUUUUUUCUGGAAUAGUUUUGUCAGCUCGUAAAGUCGUUAUGUACAAUGAUUGGGCAAACAGGGCGGAUGAAGCUGAAACUAUUACUUGUGGCCAUGGCACCCAUGUUGCAGGACUUUUGGCGGGUAGCUCACUUAGCGGCAACCACGCCAAUCUGGGUAUAGCUGACAAGGCGCGAAUAGCUUUCAUGGACAUCGGAAGACAGAGUGAGACUUGCGCGGGUCAAAUGGAUUGUGCCGUGACACUUGCUACACCUGCCGAUGCUAGUGACUUGCUAGAGAGUCAGAUUGACGCAGGUGCUAGAAUUUUCUCGUUUUCAUGGGGUACGCCUGGGUCAGACUACAGUUCUCAAGCUAGAGAUUUAGAUGCUUUCAUUUAUGAUCAUCCGGAUGUGCUAGUGGUCGUGGCUGCGGGCAACAGUGGAGAGACUACGGUUACUGGUCAGCGUACUAUCUCAUCGCCAUCUGGAGCCAAAAAUGUUAUCUCGGUUGGCGCAUCGUUAAAUUCUGCAGCUUCAUUUACGGAGUUUGGGUGUCCCGAAAUUUUCAAUGAGCGCACCGUGGCACCAUUUUCCUCUGCAGGCCCAACAACCGACGGAAGGUUGAAGCCUGAUGUUGUUGCGCCUGGAAUGAGCCUUAUUUCUAGCCAAUCUGAAGCACCAGGUUCAACAGUAUCUAGCUCGGCCAUGUGCUCACUCCAAGGCACGUCACAAGCUACACCGGUAAUCACAGGUGUUGCUGUUCUACUCUACGAGUGGCUUCGUGACGGGUGGUGGAAAUACGGUAGCAAGGACUCUACAUUUGCAAUCACAACUGUGCCAGCAUCGCUUCUAAAGGCGCUGAUCAUUCACAGUGCAGACUCCUUGCAACGGCGAAUGUCUGCACUUCCAGAUAAUGGGUUUGCCUCUUGUGAGAGUUUGGCUUCGGGAGCCACUGAUGUUAGGUUUCCUGAUGUUUAUCAGGGAUACGGCAAACCGAAUCUUACCAACAUAGUCGAUUUUAUUGGUGCGGGCAGAAAUAAUACUGGCAAUAACACAGGCAGCAAUGGACCACCAUCUCUGUAUUUUCUCCCGAAUUCUACGGAAAAUACCGAACCGUUCGUCGCUCACAACGGAGAGAUGGUAAUUUCGUUUACAGUUGCCCGUAACGUGGACUUACGCGCUACGGUUGUAUGGACGGACCCACCAGGGUCCAUUCAAGCGACGUCACAAUUACAGCAUGAUUUGGAUCUUAUUGUUCGUGUUCUAAAUGGCACACAAACAUUUAGCCCAUUGUCAGCUGACCCAAACACUGGAAGAGAUUCUAGAAAUAACGUUGAAAUGGUAUUGGUUUCCUAUGCUGAUCUUCUUGCUGCUGCCACAGACAACACCAGCAGCAACAGCAGCAGCGGAAAUUUAACACGAUAUCCAGCUCUUGGAAAAGACGGAGAAAUUUUUGUUGAGGCUGUCGUCUAUGGUCGUAGCGUGCUACUGGCAGAUAGGCAGAAUUUUGCAUUUGUCGCGUCGUCGAGUGCUAUUGGCUCCACUUCAGGGUCAACACCUUCUAGCGUUGAUAGCGACUCGUUUUGGUCUGCUUGGGCAAUAGCCAUCAUCGUAGGCUGCACGAUAGCUGUGCUAAUAGUCAUCGCCCUUGGCACAUACUGGCUUCACGGUCGAACCAAAAAAGGAUUCACCAGAUCAAGACACCGGCGGGAGGAAUAUCUCGAGCCUGGUGAAAAUUUUGGCGACGCGUACCUAUCGAGUUACCAGGAAGCAUCAACAACAACAGGAGUCAGUCGCUGUCCAUACUGCUUGUUUGCCACGGUGGAUGCAGUAACGAUGGUCUCUCACGUCGAAACAGCUCACUCAAAUAAUAAUCACACAGAGGCUAAUGAAAAUCACUCGGAACGAUCGGUUGCCAUGCUUGGUGGAAGCAGGACAUAUGGUUUAGAGCCGACAGCGGUGGUGACGUUAUUUCCCACGAAAAAUCAGGUUAGUGCUGAGGAUGAGAAGCAUCAAUGUCCUCAUUGUCGUUUUGUUACAAAAGACGCCGUUGUCCUAGUUAACCAUGUGCAGCAUAUGCACACGCAAUAA